AUGGACCCUGGUUUUAAAAUGUCAGAUUGGUUAGAUGAAUUUUCAUUGCCACAGACUGACUUUUCCAUGCUGCAGUCUAAUUUCGAAAGCAAGAUGCCCACAGAGACAAAGCUUCUGUCGUCGCAAGAAAUCAUAAAAAUGGCGAGCUCACGGUACAUAAAAGUCUUUGACUGUGGAGGCUUGGAUUCUUUCUUUGAUAUUCCUGCCGUCGCACCAGAAGACCAGCAGAGUGUUGAAAAUGUUCAUCUGCUGUUCACCUGUGCAGAGAUGAUGAGGAACAAGCAAUAUGAUCAAGCAGCCAGGGUGUCGAUGAGUGGCCGUACCUUCUCUUUGCAGUGGGGAAACCCUAUACAGAGGCUCUGUUAUUAUUUCUCCGGGGCGCUACAGGAUAGAAUCGAAUGCGAGGCACGCCACGAGUUGCCUGGUUAUAAUAAAACCGAAUUGAAUGGCCUGGGAGCUUUUGCUACUAAUAUUAUCCCGUAUGUGAGAAUACUGCAAUUCACGUCUCUGCAAGCAAUCUUAGACACAGUGCGAAAUGCUAGCAAAAUUCAUUUGAUAGAUCGUGAGAUUCGCAAUGGGUCCCACUGGUCAGUGUUGAUGCAGAGCCUUGCCCUGAGAAGUUCAUCCUAUCCGAUUAAGCUUCUGAGGAUCACAGCAGUUGGAAAAGAUGUGGAAAAUCUGAUAGAAGGCGGAAGAAGACUUCACGAGGUUGCUCAGUCCUUGAAGAUUCCGUUUAUCUACAGGAUGGUGGAGAUCUCAAGCAUGGAGGCGAUUCAACAAGGUAUGUUCAACGUUAAACCUGGGGAGGUUGUUGCAGUGUAUGCUCCGUAUGCUUUCAAUAGUCUGUUAUAUAAACGGAAUCUUCUGGAUAAUCUGGUGGAUGUUAUAGUGAAAUUAAGGCCUCGAAUAAUGGUGAAUAUUGAAGUUGAAGUUCACCACAACUCACCUCGUUUCGAGAAUAGAUUUGUUGAAGUACUUUUCUUUUGCAGCACUUGGUUUGACUACUUGGAUGUCAUAUUGCCGGAUAGACAUGAUACUCGAAGGGUCAUGUAUGAAGAAGUAUUCUGUGGGAACACGGUAAGGAAUCUGGUAGCCUGUGAGAUGAACGAUAGGAGAGUUAGACAUGUUAAAACUGAUGUGUGGAGAUGUUAUUUUGGACAAAAGGGAUUGAAGGAGAUGAGCUUCAGCUAUCAAGCUUCGUAUCAGGCCAGAUUAUUGCUGAAAGAAUUUCCUCAAGGAGAAUGUUAUAGUCUUGAUGCCAAUGGAUCUGCCAUAACGAUGGGGUGGAACGGAACCCAAUUGCUUACAGUAUCUGCAUGGACUUGUUUGUGA